ACCCUUCGCCGCGCACCGCCUCGAGUGGCGGCCGAUGGGUGGACGCAUCUCACCGCGCGCUCACGCUCGACAGUAGGUCAGGUUAAUACACGUCUUAUAAGUUAGCGGAACAAUGGAAUGAAGUAUAAAACUUCCACGAUGAGAAAGGACAACUGCGCUUGCGUGAACUUUGAUGAAGAAGUGUGGUGUAAGCAUUCUUUUUACGGGACAUAAGCAUCGCAGGUGACUCUCCCUCGACGUCUUCUCUAUCGAUCGCUUAAUCACUCGUACUUUUUUCCAUGCAAAACGUGCGUUUCCAUCAAACUGCGAGUGUCCGAAUCUCACGAUGGCAAUUUGUCUACCACCUCAUGUUAAAUUUAUGCAAAAUUAAGCAAUUUAGUAUUUACGCUAAAGAAGAAAAAUUAUGUAAUAUUCUGAAUAUUUGAGAGAGUGGGAUAUGCGAAUCUUUUUCAGUACGUUUUUGCAGUCAAACGCGUACUGUUUCUCGUAGAGUGAUGAUUUGCAUCAAUACCUAUUUUAGAUUCAAUCGGAUUCUUCUGCUCUCGAUUGGCUUGUGGCCUUAUAAACGAACAAAACUCGUUGAACUUCAGGCGAUUUUGAUUUUGGCUCUUCUGAUUGGCGGUAUUACAUACCUGUUUGCAACAUUUGCAUUUACAAAAUGCACUCCAGCGCUUGUCAUUAAUGUUCUUUCUAUCGCCUUACUUGUUAUUAUAUACGCGUUCUCAUAUCAUUCUUUUUAUGUUAAUGCUCAUACUAUAAGGUGGUUAAUGUAUAAACUUCAGCAUAUUUAUAACGAUCUAAAAGAUGAGAAUGAGAUCGCUAUUGUAACAAAAUAUGGAAACAUCGCGAACCGUAUCACGGCUAUAAUGAUGUUGUUUGCAGUUUGCUCUGUAAUUACUAUCCUGUUAUUGACGUUUUUACUGCAACUUCUUGAUACUACCUUGCUCGUAGACAAGUCUGAAUCACGUAACGUUAUGCAAAAUUACGUUAUGCAAGUUGUACCUAAAUUCUUCAUUGGGCGAGAAAGCAGUCUAUAUUUAAUAAUUCCUGUUUUUAUCGCAUCUGCUUCUAUAGGAGGUACUGCUGUAGUAGCAACAGGAAUGAUGUUUGUGACAUACCUCAAACAUACCUGUGGAAUGUUUAGAAUAGCCAGUUACCGCAUCGAAAAGGCAAUGAUGAUAAACAUGCUGAAGAAUAUUAGCUUGGAAAAUGAGAUUAUAAUUUGUAAGGCUAUUGUACGUGCUGUCGAUAUUCAUCGCCAAGCUGUCCAUUUUAUUAUACUCGUAUAUUCCGCUUUUAAAGGAUUACUACUUGGUGUAACAGUAGUUGGUGUAAUUUGUUUGAGCUGCAAUCUUUAUAGAUUAUCUGAAACUAUGUCACGUGACGGCGAGAUCGAGCAAUGUUAUAUGCAUCUUUUAAUUACCAUUGCAAUUUUUAUAAUCUUGUUUAUAACCAAUUAUGCCGGACAAGAAGUUACCGAUUACAAUAAUCACGUAUUUCUUACCGCAUACACUGUUCGUUGGUACGUAACACCUACGUACAUACAAAAAAUGAUACUGUUUAUCUUGCAAAAUGGCACCAAACCUUUCUGUCCGUCUAUUGCUGGACUGUUUUCAUUCUCCAUCGAACUAUUCGCCACGUUAACGAAGGCAUCGUUAUCUUACUUCACCGUUAUACAUUCUAUGCAACAGUGAAAGUAGAAGUAUUAUCUGACAGCAUUUUACAAUAUGCAAUAUAAUAGGUAAGGUUUAAACCAAGUAAAUAUAUAUGUGAAAUAUAUCAGUUGUCGAUUUAAUAUAUCGAGAAAAUUUAUUAAUGCGAUUUAGUAUGAUCUGCGCGAGAAUAUUUAAAUCUUUUAGGUGUCGCUAGUGAACAGUUCGAUGAUUUGCAGUUUACAAUAUUCCGUAUUUUAUUAACUAUUUAACUAAUGUAUUGUUGACCCUAUAGGUAAAGUUCUUGAUGAAACAACUUCAGCAUAUUUGUAACACGUUAAAAGAUGAGAACGAAAUCCCUAUCAUAAAGUAAUACGGAAAUAAUGCUAAGCGUUUUACGGCUGUUAUAACCUGUAACAUAUUUAAUAUAUGUUUUUGUAGGGGCGAGAUAAAUAGAUUAUCUAGUAAAUGAUAAAUAAUAAAUAGAGAAUCCAAUAAAAGU